AUGGGUUCUGUCUCUAACCAGGAAUUCCCAGGAGUCUGCAAGACCGAAGAGGAUGAAGGACCAAGCACCGAGGAGGACUCGGAAUCUUUCCACGGUGUUGGCGUAUGUAAAUGGUUCAACGUGCGCAUGGGCUUUGGGUUUUUGUCUAUGACCAACAGAGAGGGGGUCCCGCUCGAGUCUCCGGUCGAUGUGUUCGUCCAUCAGAGUAAGCUGCACAUGGAGGGCUUCCGCAGCUUGAAGGAGGGCGAGGCGGUAGAGUUCACUUUCAAGAAGUCAGCCAAAGGCCUGGAGUCCCAGAGAGUCACUGGGCCGGAGGGAACACACUGUGUGGGCAGCGAGAGGAGACCCAAAGGCAAGAGCGUCCAGAAACGCCGCUCCAAAGGAGAUAGGUGCUACAACUGCGGAGGCCUGGACCACCAUGCCAAGGAGUGCAAGUUGCCACCCCAGCCUAAGAAGUGCCAUUUCUGCCAGAGCAUUGCCCACAUGGUCGCCAACUGCCCAAUCAAAGCACAGCAGUCCUCGCCACGUUCUCAGGGAAAGCCCUCCUCCUUGAAAGGAGACGAGGAGGAACACGGCCACUCGCCCCCGUCCCCCGUGAGCUCCGAUUGA